CCCUUUCUCUUGGGGCAACACCUGUCACACAGAGCACUAGCCUCAGCGUGAUAGCUUAUCAGCAGGAUGUAUGUGAAUGUAAAUAUCCGGCUGAUUAUCGCACCGAGGGCUAUCUCUUGAAUGUCAAUCAAUCUGUAAGGUGGGUCUCGUCCUUAGAAUCGGUCUAGAGAGGCGGCCACGGUUUGGCCGCCUCAGCUUGUCUAUGGUGGCCCGCUAUCUACAUCAGUAGCGUCCGCCAUGGCAGGCGGAACGGUUUAUAGCGCUUAUAGCAGGGGAGUUUUACUUUGUGCUCAACUAAUCAUCCUGUUACUGCUAACGGAAAUUCAAGCAAGGAGAUGCCUGCAAUAUUCAUGGCUGGGUUCUCUUUCCGUGGAAACCUUGGAGGGUACGGAGGUGCCAGGCAGAGGCACUGAUUCUUAUAUAUUGAGCAAUUUAACUUGCAAGGAAUUUCCUAAACCAAAACCAAUCCCUUGUGUGACACCUUACUUAAUGACUUACGAUGCUACAACUCCAGAUCCUUCAAACGUAUGGUAUGAAUUUAGCUCUAAUAAUCGUCAUUAUAUUGAAUGUGACCCAGGGGAUGGCAAUGUUUGUACACUGGUAACUUUCCGAUUUGGAAAUGAAGUUGUCAACCAGACAGCUUAUUGCACCAGAGUAACAGAUGAUGGAACGAACAUGAAGAAAGGAUGUGCCACAGCUAAGAAGGGCGCCUACACCAAUACAGUCUGUGUCUGUGAUCCAUCAGAAACAGGCACUCAGUUUUGUAUACCAGGGAGUGGAGCACAAAGUAUUGCUGCUCACAAAAUGCAUAUUUUAUCAAUAUGUACCACAACCAUCUUGCUUAAAAUGCUUCAAGGAACAUUAAAAUAAGCAAUCCUGUUAAUAAU